UGAGUGGGAAGUUCGGCAUGAGCGUCCUCGUGAGGCCUGGUGUGGGGCUGCUGAGCGCCCCUGCCCGUGCGGUCAUUCCCUGUCUUUGGAGAGGGAAAUACUUCAGCUCCGGGAAAGAGCCGGCAGAAAACAACCCGGUGACUCCAAUGCUGCGGCAUCUUACGUACAAAAUCAAGUCCACUGGCCCCAUCACUGUGGCCGAGUACAUGAGGGAGGUCCUGACCAACCCAGCCAAGGGAUAUUAUGUGUACCAUGACAUGCUAGGAGAAAAAGGAGAUUUCAUUACUUCACCUGAAAUAAGUCAGAUCUUUGGGGAGCUGCUAGGGAUAUGGUUCAUCAGUGAAUGGAUGGCCACUGGAAAAAGUGCAGCUUUCCAACUGGUGGAACUGGGCCCAGGUAGAGGUACCCUUGCAGGAGAUAUUUUGAGGGUGUUCAGUCAGCUUGGAUCUGUUCUGAAAAACUGUGACAUUUCAAUACAUCUGGUAGAGGUGAGCCAAAAAUUAAGUGAGAUUCAAGCAUUAACACUGACUGAGGAGAAGAUCCCAUUGGAGCGAAAUACUGGAUCUCCAGCAUAUAUGACAGGGGUUACUAAGUCUGGAAUUCCAAUUUCCUGGUAUCGAGAUCUGCAAGAUGUUCCAAAAGAGUACAGCUUUUAUCUUGCACAUGAAUUUUUUGAUGUUCUUCCUGUGCAUAAGUUUCAGAAAACACCACAAGGAUGGCGAGAAGUAUUCAUUGAUAUUGAUCCACAAGUUUCUGAUAAACUGAGGUUUGUUUUGGCGCCUUGUGCCACUCCAGCAGAAGCUUUCAUACAACGCGAUGAAACAAGGGAUCACGUGGAAGUGUGUCCUGAUGCUGGUGUUAUUAUUCAGGAACUUUCUCAGCGUAUUGCACUAACUGGAGGUGCUGCACUGAUUGCUGAUUAUGGUCAUGAUGGAACUAAGACAGAUACCUUUAGAGGGUUUUGUGGCCACAAGCUUCAUGAUGUCUUAAUUGCUCCUGGAACAGCAGACCUCACUGCUGACGUGGACUUCAGUUAUUUGCGCAGAAUGGUACAGGGAAAAGUAGCUUCUCUGGGUCCAAUAAAACAACAAACGUUUUUAAAAAAUAUGGGCAUUGAUGUCCGGCUGAAGGUUCUUUUAGAUAAAUCAGAUGAGCCAUCAUUGAGGCAGCAGUUACUCCAGGGAUAUGAUAUGUUAAUGAAUCCUAAGAAGAUGGGAGAAAGAUUUAACUUUUUUGCCUUGCUACCUCAUCAGAGACUUCAUGGUGGAAGUCAUCAGAUGAAUGCACAUCAGUCAAAACCCUCUCCAUCACCUGUAGCUGGGUUUGGUGAACUUGUUUGGCGGUGAUAUUUCAGUUUUGACUUUUUACCAAGUCUGCCUAGGAAACCAAAAUAAAGGGAAUACAUUUCAUAUA